AUGGAGAAUGACAUUGCCCUACAGCAGGCCAUUUAUUCUUCCUUGAGGAGUCAAAGAAAAUACAAUCAGCAAUGUCAAUCACGCAGUGCUCCAGUUAACCGCCAGACAGAAUCUAUUCAGCCCCGUAAUGGUUUACGUAAUGCUCUCUUACGUGAGGGUAUUAUGCCUGCAGUUCCCCGAUCUGCCCAAACAGGAAUUUCGGCCCCUGUUGCUGUGUCGCACUAUCGAUUUUCACCACCUCGAACGGAAUGUGUGGGUUCAACGGAAGAAAAUUCAAAUUCAGCAGGAUCGCCCAUACAUCUUCAACGGGUAAGUGAUCGCGUUCCAGGAUGGACACAAAUGUGCACAGGAGGUCGUAUUCAACGACAAAAUACGUUGGGUUCGCAGUUGGUAUUUAUAGGUACAGAAACGCAUUUGGAGCAGACUCAAAAAAUUUAUUGCAGUGAUUUAUUGUUAUUACGGGCAGUAGCUCCACUGCCUAAUGAUCAAAGUAUGUCUUGUUUUACUGCUCAAGUACAGAGUUUGGUGUCGCCAGGACAUUAUGCCAUGUUUGGUAUGGGUGUAACACCGAAUGCUGGGGAGGAACUGCACGGGUUUCCAUUGAUUUUAAUUCAUUUUGAUGCAUCUGGAGCCGCCUUUAUUUCCGUGGAACGGUGGCAUAUGACGGAAAAUGACACAUUUGAACGAUUAGUGGUUUUGGAACCAAUGAAGACGCUUCGUUUAAUUCGAGACCGUGUGACAUUGUCGUUGGUUAUCACCUCACAAUGCAUGAGUUUAUCCAUUAAUGGUGAGCUCUUGUACCCAAUGAUUGUGGCAGAGGGUGUGCGUUUGGGCGAGGCACUUCCCAUUCUCCUUUCAACGGGUGGAAAAAUAAUAAUUCGGGAUGUGACGGUAACGGAGGGGGAUAAACCCCCUGUGAAUCGAUUGUAUGGACGGCCCUCAAGUUUAACUGUGUCACCGAAAAAGAGCGAUGCGACAAAAAAAGGUCAGGCAAGUUUAGAGGAUCGUCAUUCACCCGGCACACGUGCGUCCCGGUCGGAGAAUCGUGUGCCCACUACAAAAAGACCCACAGCAACGCGUAACACAACAACGAAGGAAGGAAAAGGUCGUCCCGGGGGUGACAGUCUUCCUUCAGGGAUUAAUGCGGAAUUUGCAGACCGUAUUGAGUCUGAAAUCAUUGAACGUUCGCCCAAUGUACAGUGGGAGGACAUUGCUGGAAUUCCCGAUGCAAAGCGAUUAUUAAAAGAGGCUGUGAUUCUGCCACUUUUGGUGCCGGAAUUAUUUACCGGAGUUGUACAGCCAUGGAAGGGUGUACUUUUAUUUGGGCCGCCUGGAACAGGGAAAACAAUGCUUGCUCGAGCCGUAGCCACAAGUGCAAAAACAACAUUUUUUAACAUCAGUGCAUCUACUCUUAUCAGUCGAUAUUUUGGAGAAAGUGAAAAAAUGGUACGGACUUUAUUUCAGCUCGCUCGUCAUUACGCACCUUCAACGAUAUUUUUUGAUGAAGUGGAUGCCCUCAUGUCUUCUCGAGGCGGAAAUGAACAUGAGGCCAGUAGACGUGUGAAAAGUGAGAUGCUUCAACAAAUUGACGGAUUAUCGACUGAAAGUGAUAGACGUGUGAUGGUGUUGGCAACGACAAAUCGCCCAUGGGACUUGGAUGAGGCCAUGCGACGUCGUUUGGAAAAAAGAAUUUACAUCCCCCUUCCUGACGCGGAGGGUCGCAUGGAACUUUUGAAGAAACAAACAUCCUCCAUGUCAUUGGACCCCAGCGUCGAUCUGGGCAUCAUAGCCAAGUCAAAAACGGUAGGAUUCAGCGGUGCAGACUUGAAUUUGUUGGUUCGCGAUGCGGCCAUGAUGCCAAUGCGUAAACUUAUUGCCGACAGGACACCUGCCGAAAUUGCGGCCAUGAAGGAAGGGGGAAAAAUGGUGUUACCGGCAGUGACGAUGCGGGACUUUGAGGAGGCGGCGAAAAAAAUUCAGCCGUCCGUCUCGCAGCAGUCCCUUAAGCAAUUUGAGCGGUGGUCGGAGGAACUCGGGUCGGUGUGA